AUGACUCGCCCUGAAACUCAAGCUCCACCAGAAUUGUACUACAAUGAAUCAGAAGCUAUAAAGUACUCUAAAAGUAGCCGAAUUAUCGACAUUCAAACCAAGUUAACGGAGAGAGCGAUUGAGCUACUUUUGCUACCUCAACAUCCUUGUAUGAUUUUGGAUAUUGGGUGUGGAACCGGAAUUAGUGGUUCAGUUCUGGAGGAUCACAAUCACAUUUGGGUUGGAAUAGAUAUAAGUAUUGGUAUGCUAAAUGUAUUGGAUAUAUAUGAUGAUGAUUCAGAGUCUACUGGCGAUGCUUUACUUGCUGAUAUGGGUGAACUUUUAAGAUUCAGACCUGGUGUUUUUGAUGGAGCAAUAAGUAUUUCCGUUUUACAGUGGCUCUGUAAUGCCGAUAAAAAAUCACAUGAACCUUAUAAAAGACUUCUAGUUUUUUUUAAAUGGCUUUUUAACUCAUUAAAUAGAGGUUCAAGAGCAGUAUUCCAAUUUUACCCAGAUUCCCCUUCACAGGUAGAGAUGAUAACAUCAGCUGCCUUAAAGUCAGGGUUUGGAGGAGGAUUAGUAGUUGAUUUCCCUAACUCUUCAAAGGCAAAAAAAUACUAUUUGUGUUUAUGGGCAGGGUUUUAUUCCUCAGUACCUCAAACUCUUCCACAAGGCCUUACAGAAGAAAAUGAUGAAGAAAUGAAUUCGGUGAGUAAUUUAGGAAGAUCAAAAGACAAAUUAAAGACAAGGAAAAGGGGUAAUAAAAGAGAACAUAGGGUAAAGUCGAAGGAGUGGAUUUUAGAAAAGAAGAAUAUUCAGAGACUUAAAGGUUUUGAAGUUCGACCGGACUCCAAAUAUACUGGAAGAAAGAGAAGGAGUGGGUUUUAA